AUGUGAUACUUCUAUCGGUUGUAGGAUCAUUCGGCCUUGUCGCCGGUGGUGACUGGUGUUUAGCCAAAACCUUUGAAUUUAGGGUUUUUCUUGUCGGAUUUUAUCCGUGAAGAAUUUGGAGAGAAGUUUCCUCAAAUUGGUGAAAUUGCCGGAAUCUAAGGUCGAGAAGGAGGAGGUUGCAUAGAUUUCCGGAGGAAGAUGCUUCAGAUUCGAUUGAAGAGGGACCCGAUCUCCGAGGGUGGCGGAGGGUUGAAGCCGUCGCCCGUGGAGACCGUGACGGUCGCUUGUCCCGACCACCUCGUCCUCGCCGACCUCCCGGUGGCGAAGGGCCUCGGGUCCGUCGCUGCCACCUCGCUCGUGAGGCCCGUCGGCCGCAAGUCUCGCCGCCAGCUCGGCGAGCGCGUCCACUUCUGCGUUCGCUGCGACUUUCCCAUCGCCAUCUAUGGGCGCCUGAGUCCCUGUGAGCAUGCCUUUUGUCUGGACUGUGCUAGGAGUGAUUCAAUCUGUUAUCUGUGUGAUGAGCGUAUACAGAAAAUUCAGACCAUAAAGAUGAUGGAGGGAAUCUUUAUAUGUGCAGCACCCCACUGUCUGAAGUCUUUUCUAAAGAAAAGUGAAUUUGAAUCUCAUAUACAUGAGACCCAUGUUGACCUUCUUCAGCCAAAUGCUGAAAAGGAAGAUGGAAAUGAAUCAGAUGCACGCGGUAUCAAACAAUCUGCUGCUUCUGAUUCUACUGCACGAGCUCCACCGAGGCCUGUCUUUUCUCCUGGUUCAUCACAGCUUCAUGAUCGUGACGACAAGGCUCGCCAUCAGCAUGGUAGAGAACAGCCUCCUCCAAGGCCAAUUAUGCACCAGAAGCCACCGGCUUUCUUAGGGCAGGUCCAAAACAAUCCUUCAGAUUUGCAAGCAGACAACCAACGUCUUCCGGGGUUUGAUAGGCGCUUCCAUAUGGAUGCGCAGGGUGGACCACAACAAGAAUCUAGCCAUUUCCCAGAGAGACAGCCUGGAGUUUUAUCAGACUCUCCCUUUCAAGAAUACCCUCUGCAUUCUAUUCAACAACCAAACUUUGUUGUGCCAUUACAGUCCAAUCAAAUGCUGACGCCCCCACCUCCUUUCAGUUUCCCUCCUUUCCCCAUGGAGGGAGCUCAACCAUUUUUUCCCGCACCCUAUGAUAUAGUGCGGCAGGAUUCAGCUCCUGAAGGUGGUCCAGAGCCAGGUUCAUUGUUGGGAUUCCCACCAGGUCCGCCUGGUGGUGUGAACUUCAUGGCCGGCUAUCCUCAGCCAUGGAACACUGGGAUGGCUGCACCAUUUGAACCUCCAACAGGAGGCCAAGGAGCUGGAGAUGGUUAUGCAAAUCCUGCAGAUGUCCAAGGAAGAAUCCCGUUAUACCAGGGUGAAUACAUGCGAAAUUCAGGAACAUUACCUUUGAAUCCUCCUCCCCCACCUCCUUUAGCUAGCAAGGGUAUGGAAACUGCUCGAGGAGGUAGCAGUGUCGAUGUAAGAGAUGGCAAGGGAAUAUUGGCACCACAACCCUUGCCCCUUCCACCACCACCACCGCCGGGACCUCCAUCUCACAUUUCGCAGAUCCAGCGGGGCAAGUUCUAUCCGGGCGAUAUGGGGCAUGAGGGACAGGGUUAUGGGUGGCAGCAAGAGAACCGGGAUAGCUUCGGGAGCAGUCACGAGUAGAGAUGCCAAUUUUCCAUAAUCUUAUGUAUCCCUGUUUUUUAUAGCACUGAACUGAUUGAUAAAGCUUCAUCUGUAAUGCUGUUUGACGGUAUUGGUCCCCAGUCACUGUAUUCUUGGCUUUGUUCCUUGUUCUGCCUGAAGCCACCCUCAAAUGCCAAAGCAGGUUGCCUAUUUGAUA